AUGGCGCCGCCGAAAUCUAAAGUAUGGACAUAUUUUACAAAAGUGAAUGACACCACGGCAAAGUGCAAGCAAUGUUUUAAAAGUGUGAAGUUUUGUGGCAACACGUCCAAUUUAUUUAAACACGCCAAUACUCACGGAAUUGUUGUAGAAAAAAAACAACAAAAAAUCAGCAAUGUUUCUGAGCCUGAUAAAACAAGUGAAAGUUCAAAAAGUAUAACAACGUCCGCUAAAUCGACGAGUACAGUUGUUGAGGAGCCCAUGUCUAACCUAUCACAGCCAUCAACAUCAAAAUAUUCGGAAUCAGAAGAAAAAUCUGAUAUUGAUUACGACGCCGAUGAUAGCGCAAAUAGGACAAAGACGAUACUGCAAAAUACUUUAAAGGAGGCUUUUUCGCGAGUUUCGUCCAAUAAAGAUAUGCGGCCUUUUAACAUUGUCGAAGGAGAAGGCUUUUUAUGUCUUAUGAAGGAGCUGCAACCUAAUUUUAAAGUGCCUGGUGCAAAAUAUUUAAAAAAAAAGACUCAAGAAAAAUAUGAGGCUUGUGUGGCUACAGCUAGAUCUAGAUUGUCAAAAAUAGACAAUAUUUGUCUCACACUAGAUAUUUGGACGGAAACGAUGAACGAACGAGGUUUUUUAGGUGUGACAGCACAUUUUCUACAAAACGAAGAAAUGUGUAUGUUUUACCUAGCCACUCGUGCGCUAAACGAAAGACAUACAGCUGAAUAUAUAUCGGAAACACUUCUGGAUAUUCUUGAUAAUUGGAAUAUAUCACAAAGUAAAAUUCGUGCCGUGGUGACAGAUAAUGCCAGUUCUAUGUUAGCAGCCAUAAGAACAUCUAUUGGUGAAAAGAAGCAUUUGCCGUGUUUUGCGCAUACGAUAAAUCUCGUUGUUGGAGAGGCUUUAAAAUUACCUAGCGUUAAAACAGCUAUAUCUAAAGUUCGAGAAAUUGUGCAUUGGAUAAAAAAUAGUGUUGUGCAGUCAGACAAAUUAAAAAAAAUUCAAAUGCAAAACAAUAUUCCUGAAGGUUCAAUUUUGAAACUUGUUGCUGAUGUUAAAACAAGAUGGAAUUCGGCCUUUUUCAUGUUGGAGCGCUUCUUACAUUUGAGAAGAGUGAUAUCUGAAAUCGUAAUCGAAAGUGUUUCAGCACCCGACAUGCCAACUGCUGUAGAGAUGGAAACACUCAACCAACUUACAGCUUUAUUAAAGCCUUUUGAAUACGUCACAAGAGAAGCAUCUGGACAAAAGUAUGUCACGAUAUCCAAAAUUAUACUAAUGAUUAAUUGUUUGUCAACCAAACUUAAUAGUAUCACACCAGUCUCACCAAUUGUAAAAGAAUGCAAGGAAGUUUUAUUGAGAGAGCUGAAGAAAAGGUAUGGAUUAAUUGAAUGCAAUGACCAUGCAGCCAUUGCUACUUUAUUGGAUCCAAGGUUUAAAAACCUGCAUUUUCAAGAUCCAGCAGCAUGCGGGCAAGCCAUACAAAAACUCAAAAGUAUGGUUUAUGAGCAACAAAGUAGUCCAAGUUUGGAGGAAGAUGCUUCGUCUAGUGUAACACAGGAAUAUGACUUUUGGAAAUAUCAUAAAGAGCUAGUGCAUGGUCACAAAAAAAAACAGAAAACGCACCAAAGUGAUGAAAUAUCUCUUUAUUUAUCAAACUCUGUAAUAUCUUUGAAGAACAACCCAUUUGCAGAAGACAUGAAAGUCAUUUUUCCUCGUUUGUACAAAUAUGCUCAACAAUAUCUUAUCGUCGUUGCAACAUCUGUGCCUAGUGAAUGCUUAUUUUCAAAAGCUGCGAUGAUGACGAUGACGAUGACGGUGAUGGUGGUGGUGACGGUGAUCGUGGUGGUGAUGGUGUUGGUUCAAAUGGCCAACAUUUUUCACUAG